AUGAAGAAAAUUACAACUUCAACCACGAUUGGUGCAAAGCGAAAGCAGAACAGCAACAACCCAGAUAAUGAAGAUAUCAAUGUCAAUGGUGGAGUGUACAUGUCGUUCCUUCAAUCUAACAAGAAUACAAGAAUGGUUCACUACGUUAAUGAAUCGUUGUUAACAUUAGUCGUCAUUGCAAUUGACAGGUUCUUCUCCGGGGAGAACGCCAAUACAGACUACGUCAACGCAACAAACGACGAAACAGUUAUUGGAGACCGCGCCAUACCAACUACAUCCAACUGUCGGGAUCGGUGCUUCGACCUAAAUCGAUCACCAGAUUCGCAACUAGGUAUCAAUAUAUUACCAGAAGGCGUUUCUUAUUGCCAAGGUGGGAAGAUUGAUAGAACUAUUAACAAUGGAAAAUCACCUCCCAUAUUCCGUAUAAAUGGUCAAAAUUUCCACCGCAUUGGAACUCUACUACCGGCACUCGGCACUCAACCUAAAUUUGCACAAUUAUACAUUCACGAUACAGAGAAUGAGAUACAAAAUCGCUCCAACUCUUUCAGGACGGAAAGCAAUGGUUCUGCCGUGCAUCUUGAUGUAGUUCAUGACAUUAAGCAAGAUCUAGAUGAUCACAAUGUUUUGGUUAAGUCAUUCCGAAUGGCCAAGUCAUUUAUGCAAUCUAAUCCUACAAGUGAAAUUAGAAUGAGAUUAAUCGGGAAGAGAUCUAAAGAUGCCAGAACGUAUGCACUACCAACUGCUUCAGAGGUUGCUGCUCUCAUUGUUGGAGAUCUAGAACCUUGCAUGGGUGAACGUGAUAUCGUGGUCGAGUCUAGAUCUAGAAUGCUUAAACGAAUUAGUGAAUUAAACCCAGCGUAUCUACAAUUGCAAUACCCAAUUUUAUUUCCAUAUGGGGAGGAUGGUUUCAGGGAAGAUAUACAUUUUGCCACACAUAGUAAUAAACAAAAUUUUGCAAGAAAGAGUGUUUCACAAAGAGAGUACUUCGCGUUCCGUAUUCACGAAAGAUCAAAUGAGAUCUCAACUAUAUUGUACGCUAAAAGGUUAUUCCAACAAUUCUUGGUUGAUGCGUAUACUAUGGUUGAAUCUUCGAGGUUGCUAUACAUUAGGUCCAAUCAAAAAACUUUAAGAUGUGAGGCGUACAAAGGUCUUUCUGAUGCGUUAACAAGAGGUGAAGUGCAACCUAGCUCUCAAGGUAAAAGGAUAAUAUUACCUUCAAGUUUCACGGGAGGAGCAAGAUACAUGAUACAGAACUACCAAGACGCCAUGGCAAUUUGCAGAUUUAUAGGUUAUCCAAACCUGUUUAUUACUUUUACAUGUAAUCCUAAAUGGCCCGAGGUUCAACGCUUUUUGGAGAAAAGAAAUUUGAAAGCUGAAGAUCGUCCGGACAUUGUUUGCCGAAUUUUCAAAAUGAAGCUAGAUUGCUUAAUAAAAGAAAUAAAAAAUGGGAAACUGUUUGGUCCUAUGAGGGCAGAAACGGGGUCUCCACAUGCUCACAUAUUAUUGUUCCUACAAGGGACGAGUUGCUUUGCCAAUCCUGCUUUUAUGGACACGAUAAUUUCGGCCGAGAUCCCAGACAAAUUGAUAGACAUCGAGUAUUACAAAGCGGUCGAAGAAUUCAUGUUGCACGGCCCAUGUGGUGUUGCCAGGAGUAAUUCACCGUGCAUGGUAAAUGGCAAGUGCUCGAAGCAUUUUCCAAAGAGAUUUAUUGAUGCAUCCCAUUUUGACCAGGAUGGUUACCCGUUGUAUCGAAGAAGGGAUGAUAAGAGGACAAUUAAAAAAAAUUGA